UCUCUAAGUUGCCAGGUGGAUUACCGUAGUACGAAUGAUGCAUUUGUGCCGUCCCCAGGCAGUCCAGUCGUUGAUGUGACUCACAUUGUCAUGGGUCUGCAACCAUACACGCAGUAUGAAGUACGAGUUCAAUGUGGACUCAGCAACAUCUUGAAUGGCGGACCUGAACGCACUUUAAAGACAAAUCCAUCUCAGCCUCGGAAUCUCGCUUAUGACAAUGUCCAACCAGAGAGUUUUCUUGUCCUCUGGGACGAGCCGGCCAUGAAAAAUGGACCAAUAGACUUCUACACAGUCAGUGUGUCUAGAACCUCAGAUGGUUCUGGCUUUACAUCGAAACGUCUAUUACAGGGACUAUCUACACCAUUUGUAGAUCUGACAGCAUACACCAAUUACACUGUGGAGGUGACUGCAUUUAACACGGAAGGUGGACAGGAGCUGCCAAGCCCACCAGCUCAGGAGAUAGUCAGAACCACUGAAGAUGCUCCAUCACGUCCCUUGAAUGUCAAAUGCCGACAGCAAGAAGACUCCUGCCUUGUAGGCUGGGACCGACCUGAACAAGCAAACGGGAUCAUUCGAAGUUUCAAGGUAUACUACACGGCAUAUCCAAGGCCCGGGACGGGAUUGAGUGUAGAAGCCGAUAUUCUGAAUUCUGGUGCGACGGUUGUUGAUGGCAGCCAAGAAUGGUAUUCAUUCAGCAAGAGUGACUUGGCCAGUUUCUCAGACUUUCGCUUCCAAGUCAGCGCCACGACAACCACAGAGGGCGCUAACAGCACGGAAGCAGUCGGCAGCUGCACCACAAACGCUGCAGUUCCCGACAAACCUGAGAAGCCCGUCGAGCCAAACGACAAAGGAAAUCCUGUAACUGAGAGCACCUUUAUAAUGAGACUGGCACCAGUCAGUCAACGCAACGGACCAAUCAGCUGCUUUGAAGUAACAGUGGUACGGCUGAGUGAUUAUGACGUCAUCAGUGACGUAGACCCAGAUGUUCUGUAUCACCCGGACAUGCUUGGUAGCUUCCAGGAUGCACACGAUACAGUGGGAACGCCUUACGUUGCUCUGGUGUUAGCAGGGCAUGAACUGAGUAAAGCAAGAGACAUAACAAUAGGAAGCAGUGGAACCAGUGAGUGUGGUAGCAAUGACUCAGGACGUAGACGGAGACAAACAACACGACGCCACGAGGGGGAAAAUGGUCCCCUGACACCGAGUACCAAGUACACAGCGUUCAUACGAGCAUACGCUGUGCUGGAAGAUGGAACGGAAGAGUACGUGACGAGUGACUUGUUACAACCAGUCUACACCGUUAAUGCACAGGCCGACAAUCCUGCAGUGAUUGCUGUGGUUUGUGUGUUAGUCACGUUGAUCAUCAUCGCACUGGUUGCAUGCGGAGUAGGUUUAAUAUGGAGGAAGAAAGGAAGGGCUCGCAACAACAACCGGCCGGAACUUGAAAGAACAGCCAUUAAAAUGGAUAAUGUUGAAUAUGAAGUCAAUCUUCGAGAGGGUGGCAUGGCAUAUACAGUCUACGAGGAUGUUGGCCUGCCAUCGUGGGCCCUGAGAUGGGAGAUUCUCUGGAAGAACCUGGUGGUGGAUGACAAAGUCCUCGGUCAAGGGAACUUUGGUGAAGUGAGAUCGGGAACUGUGAAUAUUGGCGGCAAAAGGACCAAGACUGCCAUUAAAAUACUGAAAGGUCAAGCAUCAGAAACUGACCGGAAAGAUUUCUUGGAGGAAUUUCGUACAAUGACCAACAUCGGAUAUCAUCCUAAUGUCGUGUCGUUGCUGGGGGCUUGCCAGAAUGGAGAUGUUCUGUACGUCGCACUGGAGUUUCUACCAAACGGCGAUCUGCGCAGCUAUCUGCGCACGGCUCGUUCACAAUCGGAGUCGGACGAGGGCGCCCUGUCCUCCAACCAGCUGAUCAAGUUUGCUCUGGAUGUUGCCAAGGGAAUGAAGCACCUAUCAAUGUCCGGGGUUAUUCAUCGUGAUUUGGCGGCCAGAAACAUCUUACUCGGUGAGCGAUUGGUCGCCAAAGUCUCUGAUUUUGGGCUUUCAAGAGGAGAGGACAUUUAUGUCCAGACAUCCAUGCGCCGUGUGCCUACCCGUUGGUUAGCCAUCGAAUCGUUGUUGGAUUGCACCUACACAACUCAAAGUGACAUGUGGUCCUUUGGCAUUCUCAUUUGGGAAAUAGCUUCAAUUGGAGGCACACCAUACGCAACCAUUGCCACCAAGGCCCUGGCAGGUCGGCUGAUGGAAGGAUACCGCAUGACUAAACCAGCCAACUGCGAUGAACAAAUCUACUCCUUGAUGCUUCGUUGCUGGGAGGAGGACCCUAGCAACAGACCCUCAUUCAGUGAUCUGAUCCGCAUCCUCAGCAAGAUGGAUGACAAUAAGACUGAACAGACGUACAUGGCGAUCGAUCGCGACCACUAUGAGAACUUCAGCGUGAUCCGCCCAGAGCUGGAUGACAACUAGACGGACAUACCAAACCCAAAUCUUCCCUAACGACCGAGGAAAAGAGUAUUAGCUUUAAAGUAGAGUGGUUCAGCUGUAUGUUCUUACACAGAAAGUGAUUGAUAUCACGGUAUUUUAAGUCGAUCAUUGUGUGAAGUGGGUUUCUGUUAUAAAUUUGCUAAAUCACUCAGUGUUUGGUUAUGUUGUAUACCUAUCGGUAUAAUGAAGUUUUUCUGUGUAAAAUGUCAAUUUUACUUUGCGAAUAAAGAUGUCAUUAUAAUGGUAGAUGAUGAAAUACUUUGGGGGAAAAUGGAAUUUUGCGUUUUAAAGCUCUCUGAAAAGCCUGAUGCAAAUUUUAGCAUGAAUGAUAAAGUUAUUAGGCCAAAUAAAACAAUCCUGUUUAGCGUCCCCGCCUGCAUCCUUUUUGGAGACCCCC